AUGCCUUCCCCCUUCAAUGCCAUGUUGAGCAACACAGAACUCAGAUCUGCUGUCGAGGAAGAAGUCCCCCGUGUCGUGCUAACCCUCCCUGAGGAGUUGAUAACUGUGGGGACAGGUGGUCCCCCUCCACCCCCUCCUCUACUCAGCGGGGUACCCUCUGCUCCUCCAGUGCUUGUUGGGGGCCCGCUCUACCCCUCUGCCCCCUCCGUGCUCUCCAUCCAGUUCUCAUGGGGCUCGAUGCGUCCGAUCUGCACCAUGGGUUCCUCCUCCACCCCUCUGCCCCUCCUCUGCUCGUUCGGCCCAUUCGCUGCUCAUUCUGCCCGUUCGUCGCUUGUUGAUCCUCUUUGGGUGCUCAUGGAGGCUCUUUGGGUGCUCAUCCUCCACCCUCCUGGUGCUCUUCCUCCUGCAUGA